UUUGUUUCAUUUUUUUUUUCUCUUCCACGAAUUGAAAUGUUGGGACAGUUGAUGCCAGAAGCAGUUUGAAGAAAAGUGAAUUUUUCUACCUCGCAAUGAUUCCAGGCACUUCACUCAGAUCCUGUAAAUAAGAAAGAAGAUUGGGAGCAGAAGUAAAGCUCAGCCUCUCAGAAACGCUGUAAUGAAAUCCCACAGGUGACCUCACUUCCUGGUAAGCGUCGGCCCUAUAGACGCGCAGCAAUCGUCAGGUGCAUGUUUUUGCUUUUUUUCCUCUUCCUUAUCAGAGUUGUAAAGUCUACACGUGAGGUGAGGUCAACCGYACCUUCGCCGGAGCUGCCGGGGGCUUUGAGUUUCAAACUUUUAAAGUUAAACUCUUUGAYAUGACCUGAAGCAGAAAUCUGAUCYGAGUCUGGAAACGUCCAGAUCAAAGACCUUCUCUGAGACAGCAGCGUGUCCCUGCAGCUCCACCAUGAAGACACCGACAACAGAUGACGUUUACGCCUACACUCUGUCCAAGACUCUGACAAAGAUUUCAUCACCCGCCACCGUUGGGCUCUACUCGUCGUGUCAGGACCGGAUCACCCUCAUCCUGCAACAAAUGGAAGAGCACAUGAACCGUGAAGCUUCCAGAAUUGAGCAGAAAUGCAACCAAAAACCAAAACCCCAUUCGACAAAGCCUUCAUUUACCGGCUUCAUGGCCCUGAUGGGGAGGCUACUUUUCUACAGACCCAUUUGGACCACAGAGAACCAGCACCGCAGCACCAUCAGGUUCAUCUACGUUCAUUUUAGCGCUUGGCAUUUCGCAGGCAGCGACCUGCUCUGGGCCGGGAUCGCCAUUCGGCUGUUUCAGGCCAUGCAGAUAGAAUUUGGAAAACUACAGCUCGCUCUCUACCGAGUGGCUCAAUAUGACGAAGAGGAUGAAGUCAAGCAGAAGGUUGUUGAAACUUCUCCAAAUGACUGGAGUUCCAAAAAGGUUUGCUGUUUCCCCCUGUGGUUGUGCACCUUGUCCAUCCUGGUGAUCCCAGUUGCCCUCCUGUUGGUCUGGAUUUAUGGUUUUCCUAAAUCUGGAGUAAAUCCAAAACCGGGCGCGAACAGUACAAGCGGCGGAGUGGAAACCGACACAAGCGGCGGGGUGGAUGUGUUUGAGAGCCUCCUCAUUGCUUCGUUAGGACUCCCCGCCGUGACUACGCUGAGGUUUAUAUUUCAGAUGGGCAAGAACCUCAUCUUCAGCCAGGAGCUGAGCAUAAAGAGGGGGCUGGACAACGACAGGAUCAGCAGCCAGCUGGGGUUCAUGAACGAGGUCAGGAAGGAAAUGUGGUUACUGUCCCGUUUCAUCCAGUUCAUGGAGGUUUUCGAGCGGAGGCGGAUUCGAGUCGUGUUGAAAAUCACCAAUCUGGACCGCUGCACUCCCAGGAAAAUCGUAGGCGUCCUGGAAGCCAUCAACAUCCUGCUUUCAGACGACGAGAGCCCGUUUCUUUCCAUCCUGGCUGUGAAUCCCAGUGUCCUGCUGGAGAAAGUGAACUUUGCGGACGGCUGCUUCAGCAGGGAGGACAGAGCUUACGCGCUGCUGAACCGCAUAGUCACGCUGGCCUUCACCAUCCCGCCGCUGUGCACAGAUUUAAAGCGUGAUUUAUUUUACAGCCUCACCGGCAGCUCAGGAAUCUCCAAGGAGGCUUCCUUCAGAGGCAGAAACAAGAUGUCUGAGCUACCUUUAGUGGAAGUAAAGGAGUCAAAACCGUUGCUCGAUCGAAGCUCUGAGACGGAGGAUGAGCAGGAGCAGGAAAUGGAGAAGCUUGUUUGGAGAAUCCUGAUCAGCGGUGAAAAAAAGCUGAACAAGUACAUGUUAGAGGACACCCUGUCUAUGAAGAGGACGAUCAACUCCGUUUGGGUAACUCUGAUCAUCAUGAAGGCUCUGAACAGAGAGCUUCCCAACCCAGAGAACAUCCCGGCGUGGGUGGUCCUGGCCAACCAGUGGCCCUGUCGACUCAGCUGGAUCAUCCAGUGCGUGGAGGACGCAAAUCAGAGGGCGGCCAUCGACGAGACGAACCCGAGCUCCGACCCGUCCAAGACCUUAUGGAAGGUUUUCUGCGAGUCCCGGGGGGAGCUGUAUGUGAUGCGUGCGCAUAUCGAGGACCUCCUGGAGCAGGACGGAGACCCCGAACUAUUCGAAGAGCUACUCAGAGACGAGCAUUUCGAGUUCACGUUGAACAACUUGGAGAUCUUCCAGGAGGCGAUGGUGAACCUGGACCAGUCCGUCAGGCGGGAGCUGGCUCUGAUCAGGGGAACGUCCAGGCUGAGGGACUCGGGUUGGAUGAGGAACAUCGCCCCCCUGCCGACUACAGCUCUCAUCAAAAUGAGCACAGCUGAUGUUUGUAAAGAGAUGGAGAGGUUGAAUUACGACAGUAAGUACAUCAACAUUGUGAAAGACCACAAGCUCAAUGGCUCUGCGCUGGUUUUCGGUGACGUAGAGGACCUUAAAGACCUGCUGGACAUGUCAUUUGGCGAAUGGGCAACUUUCCGACUGCACUUCUUGAGUUUACCGCUGUCCCUCCGACAGAGGUACAACAAGCUGCCACCGCCUGCUUACCCCAAGAACCAGCUGUCGAGAUUCCUUCAACAUGCCCCCCAUCAUCACUCAUCUAGUCCCAAUCUGGGUCACAGCUGAGAUUUGGUGGGGCUAUAAGAAGGACGAAUCCUGAACCACCUCAGCUGACUUUUUGAUGCAGAGGAGCAGCAACUGGUGUCAGAGCUCUUCACCCCUGACACUGAACCCAGCGACCCUUUAGAACAGUGGUUCCCAAAGUUGGGGUCAGGACCCACAAUGGGGUCCCAAAACAUCAA